AUGUGGAGCACCAGAGACAUGAGGAACUGCAUUGAAUUCUUGGCAACAGAUCAUGGUGACGAUGCACACGACUAUGAUGACGACGCAUCCGAUCAUGGUGACGACGCAUGCGACCAUGGUGACGACGCAUCCGACUAUCGUGUGAUUACUGCAAACAAAUAG